GUGGAUGCGACAUAUAGCAAGAUGAGUGAUAUGGAAGAAACCGAGAGCCAAGUGAAACCACCCAAACAAAAAAAAGACAAUGUGCUGAGGGAUUCAACCAAUGUACAACAAAUUCGAGUUGGGCCUGUGGAUUCUCUCAUAAUGUUAAAGGAAGAAAAUGCUGCACUUGCCAGUGCUUUAAACAAAGAGCGAGAAGAGCACGAGGCUUUAAAAAUUAAAACAGCGGAGAUGGAGGAAAAACUACAAGGAAUCCACAAAGAGCGGGCCCGUUUGCUAAAUACAGUGCUAGACCUGAAAGGAAAUAUAAGAAUUUUCGCUCGUGUUCGUCCUCCAAUGAGUGACGAAAAUGAUAAAAUAAUUUGUGAUUGGUCAUUCAUUGACGAAACAACACUUAAAAUCUUCGAAUCUUACCUAUGUCAUCUUGGAAGCAGAGCUAAGUGUUGCAAAUUCCAAUUAUAUUUACUAAUAAAGACUCCGGAAGAAGAGAUUAUAAGUGGCCAAGGCGAUGGCGUAUAUUGGUCAAUUCAGAAAUGGCCUCAUCUAAAAUGCACCUGUAGUGUCAUCUUGGAAAGUGUAGAUAAUGUAGAUAAUGUAGAUAAAGGUAGUUGUUUUCACCAUGACGUCAGGCCUGAACAAAAGCAUGACGACAUGGCGUCGGAUAAAAAAAAGAAGAAAAAAGCGCAUGUGUUCAACAAUUUUUAA